AUGGCCUUGUUCGAUCAACAUGAGUGGUAUUAUACACCAUCUCAACAUGGAUCACAGCAGCAGCAGCAACAUCCGCGAGAUCCUUCCGAGGAUCCUCACUUCGAGGCAGUGACGCCACCGCCUCCCCCAGCUAUUCAGCCAGUAAUGCCCGAUCCGCCAAGGCGAAGAAGAUCAGGCGCAAGAAUGUCUACCCGUGGAGGGGAAUUCCACUUUAGCACCCCUCGACAUUCAAGUGGUAGCCAUUAUCCAUCCGUACCGGAGGAAGGGCCUUCAAGCCCAGCUCAAGAGGCGAACUCAGCACCAGUUGCACGUAAUUCGCCACCAUUUGGGGACGACCGCCCAGUACCUCCAUACGGAACGGCUUAUAACCCGUUUGAGCCAACAUCGCACGCGCACUACAACUACAACUAUGAGCGCGAUCCCUAUGUGGUAGCGGCCAGGUAUGAUGCCCGCUAUCCAGACAGAGCUCAUGGACCUCCAGGAGCGCCGGAUUACUCAGCUCAUGGGUAUCCAGCGCCACCAAGACCUCCAAUUCCAGUUACAAUGGCGGAUCCUAACGGAGUAAACAGCCACACAAAUGAAGACGAUUACGAUAAUGCGCAGGUGCAUCUAACCGGCGCACAAUUAAAGGCUCUAAUUGACGAAGCUGUUCAGGCAGCACUGGAUCGUCAAUACACUGAGUCCCACAGCAGGUCUGUAACAAAACCACUCUCCAAACCAAAGUCACAACCCAAACCACCUUCUCAACCCAAGAAAGAUGACGACAAGCACUCGUCAGCUGAGAACAGUGUUCAUCGCGAUCGCGAGUACACUGAUGCGUCUGGUGCAAAGGGUUGCACCUAUAAAUGCGGUCCGUCUGAGGGCCCAAAGGAGCAAGGAGGCUGA